AUGUCUCACGAUACCUCGGCCAUGAAGAAGUCGGCCUCGUCGACCCCGUCCGCGAUCACCAGAUACUGGACCGCGCUGGUGGAGCUGUUUUCGUUCCUCCCCGGCAACGGCAACGUGGACGCGGCGACGGCGAAGGUGCUGCGGUGCAAGUACAGCGGAGAUGAGGAUCUGCUGGACGUUGAGGGCUGGGAGGAGGCGGAUGACUUGUGGAGGGGCGUCGUGGUGGGCGGUGGAGUCAUGAGUUUUGUGUAA